AUGUCAUCAUCUGUGCCAUAUGAUCCAUAUGUUCCACCAGAAGGAACGAACUCUCAGUCUAAGGCUGCUGUUCUAAAGGCGGAAAUCGAUGAUACAGUUGGUAUUAUGAGAGAUAACAUCAAUAAAGUUGCUGAGCGUGGUGAACGGUUAACUUCUAUACAAGACAAAGCGGAUAAUUUAGCAGUAUCUGCUCAAGGUUUUAAGAGGGGAGCUAAUAGGGUCAGGAAGCAAAUGUGGUGGAAGGACGUUAAGAUGUGUAUGUGUCUAUUUUUGGUGGUUGUAAUUCUCCUGGUUGUGAUUAUUGUCCCAAUGGUUGUUCACUUUUCUUAA